AUGGCAGCGGCUCUGAACCGGUUUAUCAGCAAAUCCUCAGACAAAUGCUACGCAUUCUUCCAUGCCUUGAAAGGCAAGAGUCGACACAGUUUUAAAUGGACCAUGGAUUGCGACUCCGCCUUGACCGAACUUAAAGAAUACUUAAGCUCGGCCCCUCUACUUGUGAAACCAAAGGAGUACGAGACCUUGUACCUAUACCUUGUCGUCUCCGCCCACACAGUCAGUUCAGCUUUGGUACGGCGAGUGGGCACAGAUGACUUGCCCAUCUACUUCACAAGCAAAACACUCCUCCCAGUGCAAACACGAUAUCUACCACUUGAGAAAUUGGCACUCGCUCUCGCUGAUCUCUCCAAUAGGGUCUCUAAAUGGACAGUCGAAUUAGCAAACUUCGACAUCCGUUUCGAGCCACGAACGACAAUUAAGGGUCAAAUUCUCGCUGACUUCAUCGCAGAAUUAACACCGAAAGGUACGGAUACUCUCAACACUCCCACUCCUCAACCUAUCACAGAAUCAACAAAAGUACCAAUGCCUUGGCAACUCUUUCAUGGUGACAGCUGGCGACUACAUGUCGACGGGGCUUCCAACAGCAAUGGGGCCGGAGCAGGAGUUGUCUUAGUUUCCCCUUGUGGCACACUUCAUGAAAGCUCUCUAAGCAUCGACUUCCCCACCACCAAUAAUGAAGCUAAAUACGAAGCCAUCCUUGCUGGCUUAUGCUCCGCAGUUGCGAUGAAAGUUUCCGAUCUUGUUGUCCAUUGUGACUCCCAACUCACAGUUAACCAAAUCAACCGUGAACACAACGCGCAUGCAGACGCACUUGCCGGCCUUGCCUCAGCUUCUAAGGCCUCUGAAUUUAGGACUAUCAACUUCGGCAGUAUCGACCACCCAAGCUUUGACACCACUCCAGAGGUCCUCAAUGUCGAACUCGGUCCAAGCUGGAUGGACGAGAUCAUUACGUUUCUCAAGCAUGACACUUUACCAGUAGACAAGAAGGAAGCUUACCGCAUCAGGAACAAAGCCGCUUACUACUGGCUCUCCGAAAGUGGCCAACUCUAUAGGAAAUCUUUCUCGAGCUCUUAUCUCCUCGUUGUCCACCUAACCCAGAACAUGAAGAAAGACUGCGGGGAAGUCGCCCACAAAUGCCGACCAUGCCAACUUUUCUCCCCUAUCCCAAAGCAACCAGCCCAGAAUCUUUCCCCCAUCAUAAGUCCUUGGCCCUUUGCACAAUGGGGGCUUGAUAUUGUGGGAAAGCUACCAACGGCCCCUAGAGGCUUCAAAUUUCUGAUCACAGCAACAGAUUACUUCUCAAAAUGGGUAGAGGCUGAACCUCUGGCAACAAUCACUGAAGCCGACAUAAGAAGAUUCGUCUGGAGAAACAUCGUCACUAGAUUCGGUGCCCCCUACGAAAUUGUCUCAGACAAUGGAAGCCAAUUCGUCGGCAAAGACUUAACCAUUCUCUGUGCCAAAUUUGGUAUACGCUUCUUCAACUCUACUCCAGCUUACCCACAAGGAAAUUGCCAAGUUGAGGCCACAAACAAGACUGUCUGUGCCGAGAUCAAGCAUCGGCUAAACUCCAAAAGAGGAAAAUGGGCUGAGGAACUGCCACGUGUUCUUUGGGCUUACCGUUCUACCCCGAGGCGCUCAACAGGCCAAACGCCCUUCUCAAUGGCAUUCGGCAUGGAGGCCGUAAUCCCACUAGAGUCCAGGUUCCCCACUCUGAGAAUAGAGAACUUUGAUCCAAAGACUAAUGAUGAAGCCGUAGAGCAGGAACUGGUCUUGGCAGAAGAGAAGCGCGACGAUGCUUAG